AUGGAAUCUAAAAGGGCCCAUUCUAUUGAGAGAAAGCUUCCUCAUAGAGUUAAUGACUAUACUGCAAUCUUCGCUGAGUUUAAAGAUCUUGCUGAAAAAUAUAAAUGCCAAUCAUUCGGAGAAGGAUCCCCAGGUUACAAUCCGCCCGACUUUUUAAAACAAGAAUUGAUAAAAGCUGUAGAUGAGGGCUUUAAUUAGUACGUCAGGCCAAGUGGCAAUCCAUUGCUUGUAAAUAAGAUUGCUGAGAUCUAUGGCAAAAGAUUAAACAGAAAUUUAAAUUCUAUGACCGAAGUCCUAGUUUCUAAUGGUGCUAAUGCAUGUAUCUUUGUACUCAUGCAGGCCUUAAUUAACGAAGGAGAGGAAGUAGUAGCGUUUGAGCCGUAUUUUCCUCCGUAUCUUGAGCAUAUAGAGUAUGCCAAGGCUUAAUACAGAACAGUUCCACUUGAAUUAAAUGAAAUGGGAGAGUGGAUAUUCAGGCCAGAGUUAUUAAGGCAAGCACUCAAUAGUAAAACCAAAAUUUUGCUACUAAACAAUGCCCACAACCCGACUGGGAAAUUAUUCACCAGAAAAGAACUAGAAGAGAUCUCAAAGAUCCUGGAUGAAUUUCCAAAUGUGAUAGUACUCUGUGAUGAAGUGUAUGAAUUCCUCACAUAUGAUAACAAUGAGCAUCUUCUAUUUGCUAACAUUGGUAAUAACUAUAAUAGAACCCUGUCAAUCUUUAGCGGUGGCAAACUAUUCUGUGCUACUGGAUGGAAAAUUGGUUGGACCAUUGGGCCAGCUGAGCUACUCAGGAAUGCUCAUGUUAUUUCAAACACUAUUUACUAUACUCUCAACUCUCCUGGCUAAGUGGCCUUUGCGAGAUCGCUCGACACUAUAGAAUAACCAGGUUUUAAAGAGGGUCUCACUUACAGGUAGUUCAUGAAAUAAGAAUUCUAGAAUGUGAGAGAUUAUAUGUACACAGAGUUGAAAGAUCACAUGGAUAUACCUAUCAAGCCACUUCAUUCUCAAAGUGGUUAUUUUAUGAUGGCAGAUAUAUCUGAAUGCAAAGAUAUAAUUCCAAAGCAGUACCUUGAAUCCCAUGACUAUGAAGAAGAUAAAAAUUCUAAGGUGAAUAGAAAUAGAGUAUUCAUGGAAGAUGGUCGUAUUCCUCUGGACUUAGCUGUAUCUAGGUGGCUAGCUCUUGAAAGAGGGGUCAUUACAAUGCCUGGCAGUUUAUUCUAUUAUGGAAACUCAAGGUAUAAAAGUGACAAUUAUUUAAGACUAGCAAUAUGCAAAGGAAUGAAUAUCUCUAAGUUAGGAAUAGAAAAACUUUAAAGAAAAGCCCUUCAAGCUGCUAAGAAAUUAAUUUGA